AUUCGGACAAGGUUUUGGUGCGGUUUUACUCCCAAGGAAAAAAAAUAACUCACGCAAACAAACAGUUGUUAAGAAGAACACAGAGAUAAACGACAGUACUUGUCUUUCAUUUAUUGUCCUGAAAGCUUCUAACAUUGGUCGAGUUUGAGUUUUUUUUCCUCCUCAAAACCGCAAACGGAUGUGAGGCAAAGAGACGGUGGUUCUCCGCUGUAUUUCAGCAGUACUAAUACUCCAGUUUUUAACUUGCGCGCCGAUUUUUCUAGUUACCUGCUACAACUUCGACUAGCUGUAGGAUAACAGGAAUCCGAGAGAGAGAGAGAGCGAGAGAAAACAGGUGAUUGAUGUUUCUUCUGAAAUGGACGUAAGAUUUUAUCCUCCUCCACCUCAGCCUUCAUCAUCGACAGAUCCUUCCUGCUUGGGACCCUCACAUUGCCUGGACCCUUACUAUUGCAAUAAGUUUGACAGUGAAAACAUGUACAUGAGCAUGUCAGAGCCGAGCCAGGACUUUGUGCCAGCAAGCCAGUUCCGUGUGCCAGACAGCCCGAGCCAGCCGCAGCAAAACAUGAAACAGACAGGACACCACUGGAAAAGAGAGGUGCCAUCUCACAUGGACUGUCCUCGACUACCCUGGGUACAGUCUUACCCAGUGCCCAGUCUUGGUGAUGAAGACUUCAACAUUCCACCCAUCACCCCUCCCUCUCUGCCUGAACACGCGCUGGUCCACAUGCCUGAGUCAGACUCUGCAGGGUACCAUUCCCUCUGCCCCCCAAUGCCUCAGAAUGGAUUACACCCCUUCCACCCACAGAACAUGGACCUCCCUUCCAUCACAGUCUCCAACAUGUUGAGCCAAGAUGGAACCCUGCUCUCAAAUUCAUUGUCCAUGAUGCAAGAGAUGGCCAACUCUGAGACAUCCCGAUACAACAGUCAUCCGCAGAUGGAGGCUUUAAGGCCCAGGCUCCAGUCAGUCAUGAUGCCACACGGUCAGCUGACCACGAUCAACCAAUCCCAGCUCAGCGCUCAACUGGGAUUGAGCGGAAACAAUGUGCCCCAUAGUUCCCCUUCGCCUCCAGGAAGCAAGUCCGCAACACCCUCUCCCUCCAGUUCUGUACAUGAAGAUGAAGGAGAUGAGACCAUUAAGAUGAACGGGGCAGAGAAAAGGCCAGCCGCAGACAUGGGAAAGAAGCCUAAAACCCCAAAGAAGAAGAAGAAGAAGGACCCCAAUGAGCCGCAGAAGCCCGUCUCCGCCUACGCGCUCUUCUUCCGCGACACGCAGGCAGCCAUCAAGGGACAGAACCCCAACGCCACCUUUGGAGAAGUUUCUAAAAUUGUAGCCUCCAUGUGGGACGGCCUGGGCGAGGAACAGAAACAGUUAUACAAGAAGAAAACUGAAGCUGCUAAAAAGGAGUAUCUCAAACAGUUGGCAGCCUAUAGGGCAAGCUUGGUUUCUAAGAGUUACAGCGAGCCUGUUGACGUGAAAACAUCCCAGGCCUCGCAGAUGCUGGGCUCAAAGCAGCAGGUUUUCCCCGGGGCGGCGCAGACGCACUCGGGCCUCUAUAUGGGACACCCUUAUCACCAGCAGCCAGGCAUGAACCCCCACCUGCCCGCCAUGCACCCCGGCCUGCCCCGCAGCAUCGCCCCCAAGCCCAACGCCCAAAUGCCAGUGACUGUCUCCAUCUCCAACAUGGCGGCGUCACCCCCUCCCCCGCUCCAGAUCAGCCCGCCCCUGCACCAGCACCUCAGUCUCCAGCAGCAGCACCAGUCCAUCGCCAUGCAACAGCAGCUCGGCAACCACCAGCUCUCGCUCCACUCCCCGUCCAUGUCACAGGGUUUUCCUCUUCAAGCAGAAUUCCAGAACAUCCUAAACUGCACAUCCUCCACUGGCCAGGUGGUGUCACCAUCAAUGGAUUAUGUCCGUUCGGGCUGCAGGAAUCCCUCUGCACAGAGUGUGGACUGGAGCAAUGACUACUGCAGUAAUGGAAACAUGCAAAGAGACAAAGCUUUGUACCUCACCUGAUCAGGACCGAUGCUGUGCUGCAGAGCGCCUGAAAGUCUUUCAACCACCUUGACUGUGUUCGCAGGACUGAGGCAGUUUUUUUCAUCUCAACACAAAGCUGCAAAGCACUUACAACUCUGUAUUGUAUAUCUGAGCAUUUGGGGGGGCGGGGGGUCACCCAAACAGAAAGCAAAGACAAAUACAGUUAUUGUUUUUUAUUAUUUAAAAAGAUGGAAAUUACAACUUAAUGAAAAUACGAAUGGAAACAAUUUUGGACAACAUGGCUUUUAUCUUGAUUUUUGCUGUGGAGUUGCGCUAGUGAGCUGCCUUAGAAACUGUAGUCUAC